AUGGAAUCAAUAUCAAUUGCCAAUGGUAUUGGUCAUCAAAUCGAAUCAUCUAACAAUACUACAACGAUAGAUUAUCCCAAUCAACCAUCAAAUCAAAAUCAAUCUGCACUAAAAUUAAAUAAUGACGCAGAAUUAAUAUUAAAACUUAAUAAUCUACUACUCGAUGAUGGAAACGAUUCGGAAAUAUAUUAUCAUUCAUAUAGAUCAGAAAACGAAAUGUCAUCUAUAAUGUCAUUGAUAAGUGGUACAUUAUCUGAACCUUAUUCUAUAUAUACCUAUCGUUAUUUCAUUCACAAUUGGCCAGAUCUAUGUUUUCUAUGUUCAAAUCGACAAACAAAUCAAUUAAUUGGUGCUAUUGUAUCAAAAUUAGAUUUACAUAAAAAAAUUUUACGUCGCGGUUAUAUUGCUAUGUUAGCAAUCAAUGAAGAAAGUCGACGAAAAAAGCUCGCUUCAAAACUUGUUCUUAUGAGUAUACGAGAAAUGAUUAAACGUGGCUGUGAUGAAAUUGUACUUGAAGCUGAAGUAACCAAUAAUGCUGCAUUGAAUCUUUAUGAAAAUUUAGGAUUUUUACGUGAAAAACGUUUAUAUCGGUAUUAUCUAAAUGGUGUCGAUGCUUAUAGAUUGAAGCUUUGGUUACGAUAA